CACGACCUGCCAUCGCACCGCUGCCACGACCUGCCAUCGCACCGCUGCCACGACCACAGAGAAAAGAUGACGCGAGCUCUGAUGCUUCUGAUCGCCGCCGCCGCUGCCUCGUCCGCGGCAGGUGCUUCCCCUUGUAAAGGGGCUUUGAUGGUGGCGCAGUCGAAUGUCUUGUAUUCCACCGAUGCUCGUAAAUGCGCAGUGAAGGACAGAAUUUUCAUGAACAACUUUAAUUCUAUAAAUGGAAAAUGCUACAACUUCAAAAAUUUGACUGGGUACGAUGCAGAAACAUGUGAUCCACUACAGUUCAAUUAUUCCCAGUGCAUGUUGCAAGCAGCCAAGCUCCUGAAACCUGACAACACAUUUGACUAUGUGGCUUUCGAGACGAUUUCGUUGAAGAACCAAUGCAGCACUGAUACCAACUUCUCAAAAGCUUACCCGAACUGCAAAAAUUCCACCAUGAAAUAUUUGAACGCUAUCCGGCUGUUCGUGUGCCUCAAUGCUGCCGUGCCCUAACCCGCUCACCCUAUGGAGGAGAAGCCACGACUCAGAACAAGACUGACUGAUCGCCCUCACGCUUCGUGCACGGGAUUUGUGUAUUUCCAUAUUAAAUUUAUUGGUGUUUCUGCAAUAAUGUAGUUAUUUUCCUGAGAACAGCUAUGAGAAUA